UCUGUGCACGGCUCAACUUCCGUUUUAUUUCCGCUUUCGCGAGUGUGUGCAUCAGUACUUCCGGUGUCGAAGAUGGCGACGUUCUACACACGGUCUCUCCAAGACCUCCCAAAAGUCACAAUUUCGGAUGUUAACAGAAUAAUUAAAGCUCGAUCCUCAACCCCCAGGAGCAAACGGGAGAAGGGGUACAAGAUGUACCUGUCAAGCUACAUCGAUAACUAUGAAGGUAAGUUAGAAACUGGCAGUACAACACGUAUCGCUGUCCAGCUCACACUAGCUACGUAGCUAGCCGCUCGCGCACAGAUGACAACACAGAAAAUAACUGCGGUUACAAAGUGUUGGGGAGAUGUGCUGAUGUACUGGGGAGCGUCGCUCUCUUCACGGGCAAAAGUGCAAAUACAUUCACCAUCGCGCUCUAUAGUCAUUCAUGCAACAUUGUGUUUUGUCUGACCUAUGCAAAAUCUUGAAUCCCGCAGUGUCAAACAAAGACCUUGCUGGUAGGGUGACGGUCAGGGCAACAUGCUAUAGGUCGCUGAGGAAGAAUGAGAAGCCCCACAACCUAAGAGUAGGAAGGAAAAAUGUGUUUAAUGUGUUUAUGGAGUGUUUAUGUGGCUGGAGUUGGAUAUAAUUUAAGUAUAGUUAGUUGCCUUAAAGUUGAAGAAAGCUUUCAUGGACACUCCAGAAAUUAGUUGUUACUGCUCCCGUUCUUUGGAGCUUAAGUUUGAGUAUGCCUAUUUAUGGUGGGUACAUUAGUAUAACUAAAGAGCUGAUUUUGUAUCCUCAAUUUAAGCUUUAAGAACUUGUUCAAAUGUGUACUGCUCCUGUUCAUUGGAGCUUAAGUGUAAACAUAGGCCUAUCCAUUAGCCUGCUCUCAACUCUCUCAUUUACAAAGUUCAUUUGUAGUUGUAAAUUGAUAACUUAAAUUUGACUCUAAAUUAUGUUUUUUUACUUAUAGAUUACUUUUGAGAACACCACCCCUGUUGAAAUUGAUGCAGCUGAGUGCUCCUGUGUGGCUGGAACCGAGCUGUGCAACCACAAUGUUGCACUGUUAUACGAGACCACAAAGUACUCCACAUUGAGACUGAAAGCAGUGCCGCCUGUUCUCAGCUGCACAGAAACAGAACAGCGAUGGCAUAAACCACGAACACAGGGUGUGAAACCAGGCAGAGUGGGUGACAUGGUGUUUAUCUCAACAAAACCCAAGUCAAGACAGUACACAGUUGCUGAUGGUGUAAGGAGCAAACGCUACAAAGCAGUAAGAGGGGACUUGCCAGACCCAGACGUCCUGAAGGUCGAUGAGGUAUACCAGGACUUCACAGCCGACAUUGCUCCGCUAAUCACCACACUAGCCAUAAGCGAUGAGGUCCCCCUCGUUGAUUCAGCUUUCGGGACAGUUCAAGAAGGCAGCCCCAUCUCAUACCAGCACCCAGUGCCAGUGAGUAGGGUGAUCAUUAAGCACUCAGAUGCUCCCCCUCCACCACGCUUGCCAUUAAAUGGUCACAGGCUGGACCAAAGCACAUGUUCCUUUGUGUGCACUCACCAACAACACUUAAAUUUAAUGUCACUUAGCAUCACUUUCGACAUGGCACAGUCCAUUGAAAUGGCCACAAGGGAGCAGAGUGGGAGCGCAGAGUGGCACAGCCUUAGGAAGAUGAGGCUCACCUCCUCCAGGUUCCGUGAGGUGUGCCACGUCAGAGGCCACAGCUCCGCUGAGAACCUUGCUGAACGGAUCCGCAAAGGUGGGGUCCAGACAACACUGAUGAAGAGGGGGCUAUCACUGGAGCCAGCAGCUAUUCAGGAAUAUGCCCGAAUUAGGUGCAUUAGUUAUUGGCCAUCAGGAUUUGUCAUCCACCCAGAUGCUCCCUGGCUUGGAUCCUCUCCAGAUGGCCUCGUGUUUGAUCCAACUGAGAGUCCACCGUUUGGGCUGGUGGAGGUAAAGUGCCCCAAUGCAAAGAGCUAUGUAGAUGUUGGAUACCUUCACAUGCAAAGUGGCAACAUGCGCCUGAAGCCAGGCCACAGCUACUACUGGCAGGUGCAAGGCCAACUGCUUAUAACUGGCAUGCAGUGGUGCGAUUUUGUCGUUUUUGCUGAGGAGCCCCUUCUUGUCCAGAGGAUUUUUAGGGAUGCUGAGGUGGCUAAGGUCAUCAGGGAGAAGGGGGAUUAUUUCUUUUUUUAUCAUUACUUGAUUUGAGACUGACUUGUGUGCACAGUCACACACACAUGCUCACCUAUUCACUCAAAAACGCACACACACACACUAACAUUAAAUGGGUGAUAUUAUAAGACUGUAAAGGUAAGGACAGGUCAUGAUAAACUCUGCUUGUUCCUGCCCCCCUUCAUAUUUGAUUCGUGUUUGUUUGUUUUUUUUUAUUGUAGAUUGUUGUUUGUAUUCUGUUUAAUUGACUAUGUUGUUUGGUAAGUUGGUUGGAAAAAUAAAUAAAGAAAUGUUUUGUCAGGCGUAAUUGCCCAGGACAAUUUACAGCACAAUGCCACAAGUGUUUAAGUUGUAUUGUUUGUUUGCAAUACUUCUUUAUUACAUCAUUAAAUCAUACACUUUCUUA